AUGGCCAAAAAGAACAACAACACUGUUCCAGCCGCCAAUCCAAACGCCGUACCGAACAGGGAUGUGCUCCAGCGGUUGAAUUAUCUGCAUCAAGCCGCACACUACUUCGCCACCGCUUCUCAUACCCUUCCAUCCUCUCAAGACACUCGGAGGCAGGGAGCGAAGGAAGAUACGAUGGGCUCAAAGCGCACAUCAGAGCGCUCAUCUAAGCUAAUACACAAUGAACGUCGCGAGAAUCUGUUAAAAGCACCUAUCGAACCCGUCCUUCAUGCUCCAAUGAGUGGUCUCAGUCGCGUCAUGUCGACAAGCAUGAAAGCUGUGGCCAGGAAAGCUGUGGUGCGAAUGGAUCCAAGCGUGAAAAGAAGCAUUUGUCGGUCGUGUAACCUGCUUCUCCUCCCUGGGCACACUUCUGUGGUUCGCUUACGACCGUCCAAAACACAUGUUCGUCGAGUGUCCAUCGUCUGUCUUUCGUGCAAACACUCGAGAACCAUUCCCCAACCACCUGAAGUGCUCACUGCAUCUGAUCACGAUGAAGUCACAUCCCGUGAUGGCCCGGUCCAAGCUCGGAGUCAACCUUUUUGGACUCGCGAUGAGCAUGUUACGUUUAUUGGUACGGUCCGAGUUGCCGGCUCCUCUUCCUCCUAA